AGUAAAACGUCAUAACGUCAUACAAAAAUAGCAUCAAAGAUGAAAGUUAUUUUUAAUAUUACUUUAAAAAUUAUAUUUGAAACAGUAUUCCACAUUUUAGGAUGAAUCAUAAAAUUACAAAUGAAGAACGUAACAUUGGGAAGUGAAUUAUAACGCGUGAGCAUAGUGUCGUAGCGUAGAAGGAUAACUUUACAUAAAUUAUGAUUCUACUAAAGCAAACAUUACAAUUUUCUCGAAUAGGAAGCAAGGUACUACACAGGAGUUCAAAAGUGCUAGCCAGUGACAUCAAGGAUGGUGCACCUCGAAAUGACAGGUGUUCAACAUUGUACCAAUGCAUUAACCAUAAAUGACCUGCCAAAUGAGCUACUUAUUUACAUAUUUUCGAUGAUAGAUUUUGAGUCACUGUUAGCGGUGGCUAAAGUGUGCAUGAGGUGGCAACAACUGUGCUUGACUCCAUGUGUUUGGGACAACACACGGCUCAUAGUAUGCAUGAAAAACUAUGUGAGGAUCAGCGAAAGUAUUGUGCCAUUUGUGGCAAAAUACUUAAAAAAUGUUAAGUUACAGUAUUUCAAGUUGUAUUCUCAAGUGAGGGCUUCCUUGAUAAGUUAUUGUCCCAACUUGACUCACUUAGAAAUAAGCAUAUCUCAAGUUGAUAGUUGUAUAUUUGAUGAUCUUGGUCACUGGCCCAAUUUGAAAUUUCUGAGCUUUCGCAACUCUCUUAUAGUACAAAAUACUGAAAAUGCAAAUGGUAAUUUUGUUUAUCACCUGCCAUUUGACAAACUGAAGUAUCUGGAGACCCUGAUUCUUUCUAACUUUGCUUUGACUCACAACAGUUUAUACAGUAUGUUGCAGUGCACCAAUUUAGUCAGUAUUAGUAUGGAGAAAAUGAAGAAUAUUCCUGCAGAAUUUCUAGAAUCUCUUUUGAGAACAAAACAAUCCACACUGAGAGCUUUACACAUCUAUGGGGAUACAUUAAAUGAUGACAUAAUGUGGCACAUAUCUAACUGCAAGGCACUGCAAGUUCUUCACAUAAUGACAUGUAAAACAUUGUUUGACUCUAGUUUGCUACAUCUGUACAGGCUAAAGAAUUUGCAGUCUCUUAAAUUACGUCACGGUUAUUUCUCUAGGACAGCUUUGCUUUCAUAUUUUACCAACAAUUCAUUUCAACAUCUCACAUACUUAAGCUUGUCACGAUGUCUCCAUGUCACUAUGCAAGUAGCAAAGGCUAUCAAAACAAGUGCGCCUAAUCUCAAGGAAUUAUCAUUUUAUCUGUGCCCUUUUAUUAUUGCACCAGAUUUUAAUAGAUCAGAAUUAGAGAAAAUGUUUAAAAUACAAUUAUUAUUAGAUUAAUAAAAAAACGAAUAACUGCUGGCUGCUUCAAAUCCGUCCACAUUAACAGGUUGUAGUUGAAAGAUCAAAUGCAUGUGAUAGGUGAAACUAUGCAACUUCUCUACUAAAAUAAAUUCAAUGCUAUAUACAAAUCUGAAUUUUUGAAAGUUAACUAUAAAUUAUUAUACUCGGCAAAAAAGCUGAACCAUUAAAUUGAUGAAUUUAUAUGUUUACUGUGUAUUGUCAACUUGAUUGUUAUAGGGAUUACAGUAAAUACACGGUAAGUUUAGUUAAAUUUUACUAAGAUUUGACCCAAUUAAUUUAUGUAUUUGUAAUCAUUUAAAUUUUUAUAAACAAAGCAAUUCUAAUAUUGCAGUAAAUGCAAUUAAUUAUUGUAUGACAAAAUUUUUAAUGAUUAAACAUUUUUGAAGUAUAGCUAAACGAAAUUUGUAUUUAUUCCAAAUUGGUUUUAGGAUGUAAGCUGUGUUGUGGUUAAUGUGUUAAUUUACUGAGUUAGAAACUAUAAUACUUCAGUAUUUAAAAAUAAGUAUUAGAUGUUAAACACUGCACCUACAUAGUGGAAUGCAGUUGUUUGUCUAUCACAUAAUAUGUCACUAUUCAUUUCCGCCUCACGUUUUGGGAAUACUGUCAAUUAGCGAGUGCCUUAAUAAAAUUUUGGUACAUAGGAAAGAAAGUCAGUGUUAUAGAAUAAGCUAUGUGAUGCUGCAUUAUAUUAAUACAUAAUAAACAAAUUGUUGCUCUAUCUACUAAAAAACGUUUUUUCUAAUAACUGCCGACAUGUUGCGUCAAAUCCAUACUUCGAUAUUUGUAUUAUAAAUACAAACUCUCUGUCUAUUACGUUUUUGCGACUGUAACACAGCCGAUUUCACGAAAAGUAUGGAGAUAGUUUGACAUUUUAUUGAGAGAGAAUAUAUAGAGGACAUCACCUGGAUUUAUUUUUACAUGGGUGAAACCGCGAUUAAAUGGUAGUAUAUUCAGAAAUCUAUUUCUAGAGAUAAUUAACAAAUCCAUGAAUCUUAUCUGUCUAUUUGACUUCCUACAUUUUUGUUGAUUAAUCUAUUUGUUUGAUUAAUGCAGCUCAUAUACAAAUGAUAAAUAAUUGUGUUUUGAAUCUAUGAUUAAAAACUGUAUUAUUUAUUUAUAUAGUGCAGCAUUACAGACAUCUCACUUUGUUAAAAUAAAAUAUUUAUUUGUUAACUGAUUUAACAAUGUGUAACAUGACAAAAUCUAUGUAAAAAAUCUUAAGUGGUAAGGCGAAUUUGCCUAUAGGAUUUACAUUAGAACUAUAUUAUGUUAAAACAAAAAUUGUAUGUAAUAAAUAUUUAUAAACACGUUUUUAAACUGUGGAUUAAUUGUUUGUGCUAUUAUUGUACAUAAAAUAAAAUAUUUUGAACAGG